CGUAAUGACCCGAGUUUCCCGAGAGUGAUAUCACAGGUUGCCAAGCCAAACCCUCACAGGAUCACAGCUGUCAAUCCCCCCACGUGGUCCGCCAGGGCGGGCGCAUCUCAACCAGCGGAACGCGCAACUUUUAGGGAGGCAAACAAUUUGACCCACUGGCAGUUGCACUUGCACAUCCAUGUAGGAUACUCCCCAACAGGAAACAACGUCCUGCAAGUGAGGAGGCGCCGUUUAUCUGGUUGGCAUCCGGAUCGCCCUAAUCUGUGCCUGUGUAAACCCGGUGCGCGCUGCCGAUAGCUACUGUGCUGGAGUUGAGUUAAGUGCACAACUUGGUUAAUUCCCAGAGCCUGGUUGCAGUUCUGUUGCAGGACAAGUUAGUCAUUUUCCGUUAAGAGAACUUUGAAGCAGGAUUUCAGCAUGGAUACAGCCAGCGGCUCUAUCGUGGAGAGUAAGCCAGUGUGUCAGUGUGCCCCCAAGCCUGUGGCCCGGCGGUGGCUGCCAGGCUUUCCCAUUGCUCUGUGCUUGCUCAUGUCGCUGAGCUCCAUCACCGUGUGUCUUUUGAUGAGCUUCAAGACCUUCCAGCUGGAGAAUCGGCUGCAGAUGGAGAUGGACAAAGCGUCCGUCUUCCACCCGCAGCACCGGGCUUUUCUAAACGAGGAUGGGACCCUGAUUCCAGAGCUGCGCUCCUCCAUAGGGAAGCUCGUGGAAGAGAAAGUGGUGGUGCUGAUGCCGAAAACACGGAUGGCUAGGGAUGUCGGCCAGGAGUGCUCCUGUCCUCCAGGGCCUCCAGGAAAGCGUGGAAGGAUGGGAAGACGAGGGGAACCUGGACCUCCGGGCAAGUCUGGACGGGAUGGAUACCCGGGCCCACUUGGCUUGGAUGGCAAGCCAGGUUUACCAGGUCCCAAGGGAAGCCAGGGACCAGCUGGACCCAAGGGAGAAAAGGGUGACCAAGGAGACAUUGGGCCAAGGAUGGUCUUUCCCCGAUAUAACCAUGGCUUUCUCUCUGGAGAGCAGUCCAACAGCUUUCAGCAGAGACUCAUUAUGAAGGGUGACCAGGGUCAGACUGGACCCGCUGGUCCCCCAGGUCCUCCAGGUCCCCCCGGUCCCCGAGGCCCCCCUGGGAACACGGGAAAGGACGGGCCUCGUGGCCCUGCUGGAGAACCAGGUUUUUCAGGUCGGGACGGUGUUGAGGGGCCACAGGGAUUGCCUGGGAAGCCGGGAGAAGAUGGUGAACCUGGCUAUCCAGGUCCACAGGGACCUCCAGGGGCAAAGGGCGAGCCAGGUAUGGGAGAAAAGGGAGAGCGAGGCAUGGAUGGACUCCCAGGAUUAAAGGGUGACAAAGGGGCAUCAGGAGAGCAAGGACCACAGGGAUCCAUGGGUUAUCCUGGUGAAAAAGGUGCCCCAGGCUCAUCGGACAUCAUUGACUUUAAUGGGAAGCUUCUGGAUGCUUUCCAGGGCCCACCAGGCCCACCUGGACCCCCAGGCCGUCCAGGGGAAAAGGGUGAGCUGGGUUUACCUGGGCCAGCAGGAGUUGACGGGGAGCAGGGAACUAAAGGUGAUACGGGUGACGUAGGACCCCCUGGUGAAAGAGGGGAGAAGGGAGAGAUGGGACUCUCUGGGCCUGCUGGUAUCGAUGGACAGAAAGGAGAAAAAGGCGACUGCAGGCUGGAUGACAACCUGGUUCAGAUGAUUUCCCAGCCGGGUCUACCUGGUCCACCUGGCCCACCAGGAGUUCCCGGGUCCCCUGGAUCCACGGGCCUGCAUGGCAUGCCUGGUCCUAAGGGCGAGCCUGGAGUUGGGAUCAAGGGAGAGAAGGGGGACACUGGUUCUCCUGGAUCCAGGGGACUAGACGGCCUCCAGGGUCCACCUGGAUCUUCAGGGUUGGUGGGUCUUCCAGGUGCAAAGGGAGAAAAGGGCAGGCCAGGGGAGCCUGGACUAGAUGGGUUUCCAGGUUUGUCGGGAGAGAAAGGUGACCGAGGGGAAAAAGGAGAGAAGGGUGACAGGGGAACAGUGGGAAAGAAAGGUCUAAAGGGCCAGAAGGGAGAGCAGGGCCCUCCAGGGCUAGACCAGCCUUGUCCUGUGGGCUGUGAUGACACUAAAGGUCAGUCUGUGGAGGCAGUGCUCUCUUCACUUCCACCUCCUCCUCUUCCUCCUUCUGGCCCUGAGGCCCCCUGUCCUGUGGGACACGACGGACUGCCUAUACCAGGCUGCUGGCACAAGUGAUGACUAACCCACAGCAUGGAAUCUGUACAUACUGAUAUGGUAUAUAUUGUAAUUGAAUACUACAACAAAUGGCUCACUCCCUUUUUUCCUUUUUUUAUUAAAACAUUUUAUAUAAUAUAUUGAAUUUUUUUUUUUAACUAGGACAUUUUUAAGUCAACAGUAUUAUGAAAACUUUUUUAAAACUAGAAAUCUAGUGUUAAAAAUGCAGCUGUGCUUUUGAAGACAAGAAACUCAACUGACAGUGGGACUCCUACUUUGAAAGACAGUGAAGUGGAAGAGUGCCUUACUAACAGUCCGAUUUGCUGCCUGAUUGUGAUCAUGAACGCUGUUUGGGAAUGACAUUGUGCGCACUCACCCAGUCUUACAGAUGGAUAGAUGUUUGAAUGGAUGGACAGAUCUCUUGGCGGAUGGACAAGUGUGGAUCACUACUGUCUUCUUCUCUCUCUAUUUUCUGAAAGAAGGAGAUGACAAGGCAGAAGCUCAAACGUAAGCGUCUCUCUCAGCCCUGAAGAGGUACAGGCCUGGUGUAGAAAGGACACAUGAACCGGCAGAGAGCAUGAGGGGCAGAGUUUGCUUUUUAGAAAGCAGAGCGAGCCAUAAAAUGCAACGGUGUCUUACUGAACACUCAGAUCCUCAGUUUUGGAAACUCUCCAGGAGGGGGCGACAGAGAACACUGCAUUAUCACAGCUACCUGAGAAGCAAAGACACACCAGUUGAAGUGAUAUGGGAGUCACUGGCGUCACUGGCACAUAAGGAAGGAUUUAAUGCACAGAUGAAUAUAACGUGUUAUUGUGAUUUCUUGUAUAGCUCUUUGCGAAGGUUUAAACUAAUUAAAUGCAUGAUUAUAACAGCCUUGUUUAGCCUCCUGACAGCUUGUAUGACUUGUGGUCCCUCAUUGAUAAGAGAUCAUUUCUAUUUGCAAAAAGAAGUCUUUAUUAGUGUUUCCAACUGCACAAGUCUUUCAGAAAUGUCAAUAAGUCAACUGUUUUAUACUUUAUACUUAUGGCAGUUGUGACUUGUGUGUUGUUUUGUUUGAUUCUGUUAUAUUCUUACCUAGUUUUGUCAAGUUACAUUUUGCAUUCCUGUGCAUUGACAUGUUUUGGAAUAAUUCAAGGCCAGAUUCAAAGGAACCAUUUACAGUAUUCAUGGUAAAUCAGUGUUUUCAACCAGGGAGCUGAUCAGUUCCAACAUUAGACUAGUUGUUUUUUAGUUGCAUUAAGUGAUUACUAAUCAAAUGCAUUUUUCAGUAAUCUUCAGUGUGACAGAUCAUUAUCUUUUAAUGAUAGAUGAAAACACAUUUAAUUGCUGUCACCUGUUUUUCUGGACUACCGUACAAGUUCUUGCUGCUGACUUGACUGUAUGCUUGUUUGAUGUUUUUCAAUCAAUAUUGACUGAAGGACUAACUGACAGAAGUAUGACAUGAAGUAUUUUAAACAAAUGUGGAAACAACUCUUUAAUUCUGCAAUACACCAUAGUGGUUUAUAACGGUCAGUUAUUGUGCAUUUUUCUGUGCAUUUUCUUUGUUAUCAAGUUGUAAACUUGGCUAGCAGAUGAUCUUUGUUAGUGUGUGCCAGUCUUUGUAAUACAUUUUUCUCAGAUGGAAUCUUUUAUUGGUGCUUAAAUACUUUUUUAAAAAACUUUUAUAUACCUGUUUAAAGCUCUACUUUGCAUAUGUAUACAGAUUAUGGUAACAACAUACACAUUUUCACAGAUUCACAAUCAUCAUUUCAAAAAAAUGUAGAAAGAAAAAGAUAGAAAUUGGACUUAGCUUCACUGAUGAAUUGUUUCCAAAUAUUUGACUACAGUCACCAUUAACAUGUCAGCUGCUAAACAUUUUUCUUUUGUCAGUUCUUGCCCACAAACAUAGCAACACUUGAAAAGUUUAAACAGGGUCAGGUUAAUGUUGUUAUAAGUAUAUUUUUUAAAGUAUGAUUUUUACCAAGAUCUUCAAAUUCAGAAUAAAAAUGUAUUAGUUGUGUGAAAAUGGAACUUGAGAUUCUAAUUAGGUAUAUUUCCACAAAGGGCAAUGCAGUAGAAGGAUAACAUUGUUGGUUCAGUGCCUGCUGGAUCCAGAAAACACAGUGAGUUGUAAUAUUUACUUUUUUGUUCUUAAAAAUAUCCACCAUGUUAUGUUGCAAUAGUCAUGAUGUAGGCCACAUAUCCCUGCAGUGGUAGUUCCUGUAUAGGUCUGAAAUGACAACAUGCAACAUCUCAGCUUCAUUUUUCCAAAGGCCCUUCUAUAUUACACCUGCAAAGUGGCAACUGACAUCACAUGAAACAAUUUCCAUAUCAGUGGGAUAAAUCUGGUGGGCAGUCUCACUGAUUUUUUUUUUUUUUUACUUCAAAAGAGUGUUGUAAGAAAGAUCAGUGCCUCAAAUAUCUUAAAGGUAUUCUAGCAAUGAUCUGUAAAUGAGUUGCAUAUCAUAAGGCUAAGAUAGACUAGUUGACAUGCAAUCAUGAUAGUGUUGAUUGAGAAAUGAUAUUGAAAGCAGAAUGGAUUAACUGCAGAUUGUGCAGGUCUUGGAAUUAUUUUACAGGAAGCUGAUGGUUAUCUGUCACUUAACAUUAUUAUAUGUGUUUAUUUCUUUUGCAGAUUCUAUCAGUUUCAGUCAGUAAACAGCACAAGGUCUACAGUUUGGUAUUUUAGCAAAAUAUAUACGACACUAUUAGUUUGACUUUGUCGGAAUGUUUUUUGGUUGUGCAUUUGUUUGUAAAAGAAUUAAGCUAUUUUUGUAAUUACUUAAAAAUGUAUA